GCUCGGUGAGUCUCGGUGAGCUUAUCUUUGUGGGGUAUCAAAAUUUCCAUCCCCCACCAAGCAGAAGUUGCAGAUUCAACAUCACACUCAUACACCAACAAAAUGGCGAAAAAGAAGGCACCCUCAAUCCACUCCCGCGCCGCUCGUCGCGCAACGGACAUCGACAUCGACACCGACAAGUCUCUAAAAGAAGUCAAGCCUCCCCGCGAUGCCACCCAACGUCCCUCCGUUCUAGCGGCGCACCACUCCGCUGGUAUCACCAAGAAGGCCAAGCGCGGUCGCAAAGAGAAGAUGUCUGCCAAGGCUAGGAAACGUCAUGAGAAGGGCCUCGAGAUGGCUGCUGCGGUUGUGGAGCGUACCAAGAGUAAGGUCGAGAAGAGUAAAGGUCGGGGGAGGAAUAUUCAGCAGAGAAGUAAAAAUUGGGAUGAGAUUAACAAGGCUGCUGAAGAGGCUGAUGGUGCGGAGAGUGCGGAGAGUGAUGCCGAGGUGAAGGGGCGUGGAGUCGAUAUGGACGAGGAUAUGGAUGUUGCGGACGAGACCUUGCCGUCUGCAGAGGUCACCACUCCUGCGGCGGUACCUCUACCCGCAGACGAGGAUGGUGAUGAGAUUCUUUAGUUCUUGGGACUGGACUUUGGAGUUUGGUGUCUAAAAUGGGCUCAAUAUCCGGGAGACGACAACCGGACUGAUGACUUUCUUUAUUCGGCUAUAGACUUGACUGGCAGAUACCCAGUAGAUUAUGUUACAUCAAGCAUUUACGCGUCCUUUUGAGCAUCUGCGUCUUGUGAUUCCUCUUCCACCUGUGGCUUUGCACGGGCCUGUUUUAUGAUUCCCUCGAGGUAAAUCCUCAUCGUCUUUCCAACCUCUCCAUCUCUCGGCUUGUACUCUCUUGAUCCUAGUUGCUCGACAAGCUUGUUCACCUUGGUGUAGACUUCCUCUGCAGUAUCCUCAGACGUUCGUCUCUUCUGUCCCUUCUUCUUAAAUCCAAGGAUGAGUUCAACCUUCAUUCCCUUGCUGAGGAAUCCAACCAGCUGCUGUGUCUUGACCCCAAGGUCAUGCUCACUGAUGGCCCAGCUCAUCUCAACUUCUUUGGUCUUGGGUGUGGUCUGUUUGGACAAACGGCGGCGUUGGAUCAAUUCACGCUGACGCUCGUAUUCUUCUCUCUUGUUGACAAUCUUGCAAAUAGCAUAUUGAGUUGGCUUGUCCUUCUUUGGAUCACCUGGGAUGUAGGGUGUCACCAUGCGAAGGGAGUCUGUCUCGGGCAGUCGACUCAAAACGGUUUUUGUGAGAAGAGGUCCAUCGAACACACCAUUAUCGAGAACCAUGAUCUUUGGGUCCUUGAUCUCGAAAUCUUGGGGGAGACGAUCGCGACCAGACUUUUCAAACUCCUCUUGGGUAGUGUAUCGUCGAUCGAAACCUCGGUCUUGGCCCUCAUCAGCGAAAGGAUCUGUCUCAAUUUCAUCUUCGCGUUUCUUCGAUUUGCGGGCUCUUAAUUGUGAUGCGGAGAAGGAACGGUUCUGUAUGGGUAGGGCUCGCGGAGGUUGGAACUGUCGUGUGAGGAGAGCUUCAUGUUGGACAAAGACCCUGUAGAGGGCUCGACGGGAGCUUUGAAGGCAUGCAAAGCUGUUCAUUUUGGUGGAGCCUUGAAAGGAGUGUCUGUCGCGCCGUAAAAGAGUGUAGACAGUCGACAAUGGCUUGUUGAUGCAAUGACUGAUCUAUC